AUGAAUAUUCAUGAAGGAACUAAAGUAAUACUAUUGCCUAAGGAAAAGGGGUUGUAUUCGAUUAUUAAAUUGCCAAAUGUCUUAGAUCAAAAGUCUUUUAAAUCCUACUUGUUACGCGAUGAUCAACUAUUCGAGUUAAGAGAAAUCAAGGGAGACAAUCGCUAUCUUUCUAAUGACAACAAGCGACCAGUUAUCCCUAAUACAGGACUGUCUGUGAAGUCGUUUAUAUUUGAAUCGGAGGCAAAUGGGUGUGUUGUUCAGUCACCAAAUUUGAUAGUAUCAACUAAAUUCAAUUUAGUGUACUAUUUGAUGUCAAUCAUGUAUAAUAACGAUUCAUUCGCCAAGCGGUUUAUUACAUUUGAAGACUUCAGUGAUACAAUAUCCAGUUUAUUUGAAUAUAACGCCUGGGUGGGUGCUGUACCUAUGACAAUGUACAAAUCAGCCUUAUCUGAAAUAUGUGAGACAAUCGAAGAAAAUGAUGAAAUAUUUUACAAAUACUCUAAUGCAAAGGUAAUUGAAUAUCUACAUAGAAAAGUUUCUCAAUUGCUGGCGUACCUUAGUUCUCAAUCAGACUUAUCCAUAAUACUGAAAAUCAAGCAAGAAUUAUAUAGACCAAUAAGUGAAGGAAGCAAUGACAUACCUUCAGAUAUUUUACAAUUGUCGAUUAUAAGGCAUUCAAUUGACUUGAUAUGUGGAUCAUAUACACCAAUUGAAAUCAGAAAUCAAGUAAUGAAUAAUGAACGGUAUGAAUUCGACAAAUUGAACGCAUAUUUGAAGGACAUACUGGCGCAAAGAAAAGAGCUUGAAUUAGUUGAAUCAAAUAUGAAUGCAGUAGUUGAGACCACCACAAAAGUUGAAACAAAGAAAAAGGACACCAAGAAAAAGGUUGUAAGGAAGAAGGAGGUAAGGAAAGUUGCUGUCGGUAAAGGUGCAUUAGAUGGAUUUUUCAAAAAAGCAUAA